AUGGACAAUAAAAAUCUAAAACAAGGUGCUAGUGACUCAUCAUCAUCAUCAUCAUCUACAGCAAGUAACACAAAUAAAUCAUCCUCAGUAGCAGCAGGAGCAACAACAGUAGUGAGCAGAAGUGCCACACUGCCCCGACCCGUUCGUCGGAUUAUACAAAAUUUUCUUCUCGUCUGGUUGGAUGCAAAUAUUGAUGAGACGAAAGAAGAUUUCAAAAAUUCAUUGCAAGAUCUUCGAAAACUUGUGGCAUCCAUCACAACGUUUAAGGAUCCUCAACAAUGUGUCAAUUUCCUUAGUGAACUUAAAAAAGAAAAGAUAUUUUUGAUUGUAUCUGGUGCAUUAGGACAACAAAUAGUACCAGAAAUUCAAGCAAUGCCACAGUUAGAAACAAUAUAUGUUUUCUGUGACAAUGAAUCAUAUCAUGAAGAAUGGACUAAAACUGUAUCAAGGGUCAAAGGAGUUUAUACUGAUAUUAAAUCAAUUUUUCAAGCACUAGAAAUCGACCGAGAACGAUGCGAUCGAGCUAUGAUCUCGAUUAGCUUUAAGGGUCUCGAUCCUCUGUUCAUGUAUACACAAUUGUUAAAAGAAACACUUUUAGAAAUCGAAGAUGAUUAUAGACAAUCUAUCAAAGACCUGGCUGAAUAUUGUCGUGAACAGGAUGAUAUUCCUGAAGAUCAAAUUAAACAAGUCGAAAAUGAAUAUCGUAAUCAUACACCAAUAUGGUGGUAUACAGCUGAAACAUUUAUUUAUUCGAUGCUUAAUCGUGGACUUCGACAAAUGGAUGUCAAUAUAAUGCUUAGGAUGGGUUUCUUCAUUCGUCAUCUACAUAAUCAUAUCGCACAACUCCAUCGCGAACAACAAGGCAGCAUGCCAAUAAAAUUUCAAGUCUUUCAUGCACAAGGUUUGUCCAAUGAAGACUUUGAAAAGAUGAAAAAAACCAAAGGAGGUCUUAUGUCCUUCAAUAAUUUCCUGUUGACAAAUCGUGAUCGUAAGACUUCGCUAGAAAACUAUGCACGACCAGCCACACGUAAUCCCACUUCCGUUGGUAUCCUCUUUGUUAUGACCAUUGAUACGGCUAUUUGUACAAAAUUAUCGACACCAUUUGCCGAAGUAAGCAAAGUCAGCUACUACAAAGAUCAAGAGGAACAAAUACUUUUUUCGACGCAUACAAUUUUUCGUAUCGAUCGCAUAGAACGCAUCGAAGACAAACAUACUGAUCGCUUAUGGCAAAUUAACCUCACUUUUGAGGAUAAUCAAGACGAUGAUUUUAAUAAACUUACGGCACGGUUGCGAGAAGAGUUAAGAUGGACUACAGGAUGGUCUCGAUUCGGCGAUAUACUUAUUCAUCUAGGAGAGUUCGCAAAAGCAGAACAUCUCUGUAAGACACUCAUCGAAAAGGCAUCUAAUGAUAAAGAGCGAUCGGAUUAUUAUCAGCAGCUUGGUAAAGUGUAUACAGACAUGGGCGAGUACUCGAAAGCACUUUCAUCGUACGAACGAUCACUUGAAAUCCGGAAAAUAGCUCUCCCUCCGAAUCAUCCCGACUUGGCUAUUUCCUACAGCAACAUCGGUUUGAUAUAUGAUAACAUGGGCGAGUACUCAAAGGCACUUUCAUCGUACGAACGAUCACUUGCAAUCCGAAAAAUAGCUCUUCCUCCGAAUCAUCCCUACUUGGCUACUUCCUACAACAACAUCGGUAUUAUGUAUAAAAACAAGGGCGAGUACUCCAAAGCACUUUUAUCGUACGAACGAUCACUUGAAAUCCGAAAAAUAGUUCUCCCUCCCAAUCAUCCCGACUUGGCUGCUUCCUACAACAACAUUGGUAUCGUGUAUAAUAGCAUGGGCGAAUACUCGAAAGCACUUUCAUUGUACGAGCAAUCACUUGAAAUAAAGAAAAUAGCCCUCAAUGAGAAUCAUCUCGACUUAGCUCUUUCCUACAACAACAUCGGUGUGGUGCAUCAAAACAUGGGCGAAUACUCGAAAGCACUUUCAUCGUACGAACGGUCACUUGAAAUAAAGAAAAUAGCUCUCCCUUCGAAUCAUCCCGUCUUGGCUACUUCCUACAACAACAUCGGUAUGGUGUAUGGUAAAAUGGGCGACUACUCAAAAGCACUUUCAUCGUACGAACGAUCACUUGAAAUUCGAAAAAUAGCUCUCUCUCCGAAUCAUCCCUGCUUGGCUACUUCAUACAACCACAUCGCUCUCCCUCCGAAUCAUCCCGACUUGGCUGCUUCCUACAACAGCAUCGCUCUCCCUCCGAAUCAUCCUGACUUGGCUACUUCCUACAACAACAUCGCUAUUGUGUACAAAAAUAUGGGCGAGUACUCCAAAGCACUUUCAUCGUACGAACGAUCACUUGAAAUCCGAAAAAUAGUUCUCCCUCCGAAUCAUCCCGACUUGGCUGCUUCCUACAACAAUAUUGGUAUCGUGUAUGAUAGCAUGGGUGUGUAUUCGAAAUCACUUUCAUCGUACGAACGAUCACUUGAAAUCCAGAAAAUAGCUCUCCCUCCGAAUCAUCCCGACUUGGCUGCUUCCUACAACAACAUCGGUGCGGUGCAUAAUAGCAUGGGCGAAUACUCGAAAGCACUCUCAUAUUACGAAAAAGAUCUCGAGAUCAGCCUGAAAGCUCUCCCUCCGAAUCAUCCGUCGUUGGCUGCUUCCUACAACAACAUCGGUGCGGUGUAUGAUAAUAUGGAAGAAUACUCGAAGGCACUUUCAUCGUACGAACGAUCACUUGAAAUCCAAAAAGUAGCUCUCCCUCCGAAUCAUCCCGACUUGGCUACUUCCUACAACAACAUCGGCAUUGUGUAUAAAAACAUGGGCGAGUACUCACAAGCAUUUCGAUAUUACAAAGAAGCCGAAGAGAUAUGGAAAAAAUCACUGCCAUCAAAUCAUCCGCAUAUUGCACUUGUGAAAAGUAACAUUGAGAUUGUGAAAAACAAAAUGUAGCUCGUUUUUUCUUAAACCAAAAAUAAUAAAUUGGCCUUCUUGAGUACUUGACUCGCCGAAGCGCAUCAGCUGCAAAAUUUUGCUCACGUGCGACCAGGAAUACUCUCUGUAUCCUGCUGGCUCCUACAGUGGACAAAGCCGGCAAUGGUCAAGAAAACAUACAUGUAUACCUGUAUGACUAGUACAUCCAUGAUCAUUGUCUCUAGAAGAGACAAUGACGAGAUAGACACUUCUAGUCAUACAUACAUAGAUGUAUGUUAUGAAAGCCUAGCAUUUGCACGCCUGUACGGGUUACCAAAGAUAACGUCGGAUAUCGCUGGGAAGGUUAGUUUGAUUUAGAAUCAUCCUCCGAAACUCCGUUUGUUAACAAAUAUUUGUUCUUCUAUUACGAAGAACGAAAAGAAGAAGAAAUGGAAGGAAGAAAAGGUAAAAGAGACUGACGCAAGAAAGACGAUGUCAAAGUUACAGAAUGAUAAUACGCAGUGCACGAUGACAACCGGUGUGUGUCGAUAUUGAAAAAAUCGAGCGCACGGCAUCGUUGUCGUUUUUAAACGUUUUAUACUGUGCAUGGAUGAUCCAUACGUAGAAUCGUGAACCUUGUAAAUCUUUCGAUACAAAGAUAUUUCAAAUUAAAAAUUAUAUCCAUCGACCAUUCGUCCUCUAAUCUAUCUAUAGUAAAAAUUUUAGCUCAAAUAGUUGAACUGUUGCUGAGCAACGAUAUCAACUUGUUCCAUGUAAUCAUGAGAAUCAGGUACUUAUAUUAUCAUGUCUAUCCACAGUUUUCUCAGUAUCUCGAGAAAGGAAAAAAAACACAUGAAUCUUUGAGUGACUCUGAAAGUGUGAAGAAAGGGCUAUAAAACUGUAUACUUUUUGUUUUCUCUAAAGGU